AUGUCUGACGACGAUGUAAAACCCACUGUCGAAGAAAAGGAAGAGAAAGCCCCGGCUAAGAGAAAGAGAAGACCAUCAAAAACGAGCUCAACUCCUAAGCCGAAAAUCAAGGACAUGGUUGAGGAGGCUAUCAACGCUACCUACGACGCCCGUAAUGGGGCUUCACUUCAGGCCAUCAAAAAAUAUCUGUCCAUGAACUUCGGCUUAGAAAAACCCACUUACAUUCGCAGCGCCCUAAAGAGGGGCGUGGCCUCCGGAGACUUUAUCCAAGUUAAAGGGGUUGGUGCAAGCGGCUCUUUCAAGGUGAACUCAACAGUGACUGACAAAGCUGCAGACAAGACCCGCAGACAAAAGGACUCUGAACAAGCUAAGAUGGCCAAGUCUCAGAAAACCGAAAAGGAGGCUCAGCGAAUUGCCAAGAGGAUGAAGAAAGCGCAGAAAGAGAGAGAGACAAAGAAAGAGGCUCCACCGAAGGCAGCUAAGAAAAUCAAGAAGGUCAAGCCUGAGAAGCGAGUCAAGACCCCCACCAAGAAGGUGGAGAAGACGGUGGAGAAGAAGAAGAAAUCUGUGAAGAAGUCGCCUAAGAAAGCCAAGAGAGGCUCGGCCAAGUGA